AUGUCUCCCGUAGUAGAACUUUUAUUAGAAUCUUCCCAAGAACCCACAAGUCAAGUAAAGAAUUUAUCAACAAGUGAAUAUAAACAAGAGAGUAAAGAAGAAAUGCAGCAAGUACCACAAAAACAAACGACUUCUUCGUUCAACAUCAUGUCAAUGUUGAAUCCGGCACCAUCACCUUCUUACAAGUCUUCGUAUUCAAACGCUUCGAAGGUAGGAUCUCCAGUACAGCAAGAAACUCAAACGCACUCGGCGUUACCUCCUGCUUCGUCAAUUACUCAACCUUUUUACGGUUCAGGAAAUCUUCCACCACAAUCCCCACAGACUCCAAAUCUUCCUUUAAAUUUAAACACUUUACGACUACCUCCUCCAUACCCGGUAAACCCGACUUUCCAGUCAAUUUCACCACCUCCCACUUUUUCAAACUCCUCUUGUUCACCAAUUGGUUUUGGUUAUAACUAUGCUAUUAAUAAACAAAGUUUUCCGACAGUUGGUUUUAAUAACGUUACGAAUGUCACUCCUUUAUCACAAACAAACACAAGUUCUUUAACCUCCAUUUCAGUAACGACCACGCCAACUACUUCUCAUUCACUUAUAAAUAAUAACUUGUCAUUAUCAAAUACACCUUCCGCAAAUUUUAAUACAAGACCCACAGUUAAUCACUCUACGCCUACGUCAAGUGCCAAUUGUGUGGAAGCGGAAGAAAUAACUCCGACUAUAAAUAAAAAUAGCCACCACAGUUUACAAAGUAAUAACAACAGUAAUAAUACCGGCACAGCUAACAGCGUUACUACUGUUCGUAAAACGUCCAUUCCUUCCGGCGAGUCUGACGGAAUGCAAAUAAAGGACCAACCUAAUAGUAUCGUGGAGUAUUCUACAAAUUCAGUCCAAGAAGUCGAGUAUGUAGAAUAUGACCAGCUAGCUAGUACAGCUCUCAAUGAACUUCAAAAUAUGAGAAGAAAAGAACUGGAAACGAGUGAAGUCGAAUCAGUUGAAGAAAAUGUUCCUUCCCAAGAAGAACAGGAUUCUCUUCCAGCUUCUCCGUUCGUCGAACAUUCCUUCUCACCGAUGAAGACACUUGUAUCACCGCCAUCAUAUGAAAGUACUACGGGAAGUACACCUGCGCCCCCUCAAACAGAUUCAGAAUUUCCGCAGUAUGAAUAUGAAGAAACGUCUGGUGAAACUACUGAGACUGAUAGCGAUGGAAGUAGCUCAAGGGAAGCAACUACUUCUAAUAAAGCUGCUUCUAAACGUGUUGUUAAGAAAAGUAAAAGCAAGAAAUAUUUAACGAAGGCUAAAGGUAAAGAAAAGAAGGAUCGACAAACCAAAAAUCGUAAAUAUAAAAUAAAACGGGAAGAUCCUGAAACAGUAUCAUCUGAUGAUGAUAAACCACAAAAACGUAAGCCUUCAAUCAACCGACCGAGAAUACCUCCAUUAAAGAGGAAAGCUACUUCCCAGUCUGUCCACAGUAGUAGUAAAAAUAAGAGACUUAAAAAAGCAUCGUCAUCUCCACAUUUUCGUUCAAGAACUACUUCCAAUAAUUCAAGCGUCAAUAAUUCUCCACGCUUGCAACCUCAGGCCGAAAUAACUACAGUUGAUGAUAUGGUUAUCGUAGUUGCAAAAAAGGUGCAACACUACUGUAUAUGUAGAUCAACUGAUGGUGAAUCAUUUAUGAUUGAGUGUGACAACUGUGAUGAAUGGUUUCAUGGUGACUGUGUCAACAUUUCACGGGAGGAAUCACAGAUGGUUGAUAAAUAUUAUUGCCCGAAUUGCACAGAUUUGGGACAUAAAACAUCAUGGAAACCUGAAAAGUGUAAAUACCCGCCUUGCAAAAAACCUGCAAGGUUUGUAAAAACUAAAUUCUGUUCAAUUAAGUGUGGGUUAUCAUGGAACCGCGAACUUUUGAAAAAGGAAGAAAGACUUGCAAAAAUGGGCAAGUUAUUAAAACAAAAGGUUAAGGACAAUAAAGAUAGAAAAGGUCGCGUAAAACGAAAUGUAACAAAUCGCGCCGGACAUUUAGAAGAUAGUGAACAUUUGAAGAAGAUUUCCAGACGGAAAGAUUCAAUAAAAAGAGAACUAGAAAUAAUCGACAAACGUAAUAAAAUAACAGUAAAAGGUUCAGAGAAGUCACAAAGUGAUAGUGAACCAGAUGACAGCAACCGAUCAUCUCAAGAUGUGCCCUGCGAAUUUGAUAAACAAUCCGAAAGUGAUGUUAAUAUUCGCAAUGGACAAAUCUGUGGAUACAAUCCGCGCUUAGAUUGGGUGGAUAAUGACGUUAAAGAAAAAGUUGGUGCUGUUGAAGAAGUUUGUUCUGCACCAAGGGGAAAAUGUAAAAAGCACGGCAGUUGGCAAAAACGUCGAAUUACUCAGAUAGACUUGAUGAAAGCGAGCAAAAUUGAAAGGCUUGAAGAUCUUUCCGAGAAACAAAAACUUAUCAAGGCACGCAUGAAGAAGCGAACUGAUAUGCACGAUGCAUUCACAAACCAAACCAUCGAUCAUACAGCAAACAGAAAGAAUAAGUGA